UACUCUUUAGAGGGCAUAUUUUAAAGCUCCCGCAGAACUCUGCUUUCUUUUCUUUUUUGGUUUAUUUAAAGAUUCUGCUUAUUGUUCUACCUAUAUAGAUAAAGAGAGAGGCCUUUUGUUUUGGCAGUGGCUGUAGUGAACGGAGGCGUUGAUAUGGGGAGUGUUUCACAAGCUUAUUUGGAAAGCGAACCAGUGAAGGAGGCGAGAUCUUUGAUAUCUGAGCUUUGUCGCCAGUUCUAUAGCCUUGGAUGGGUCUCAGGAACAGGUGGCAGCAUCACCAUGAAGGUCCAUGAUAGCUCUAUCCCCAAGCCUCAACAACUUAUCCUCAUGUCCCCUUCUGGUGUCCAAAAGGAGAGAAUGGAACCAGAGGACAUGUAUGUAUUAUCAGGAGAUGGGGCUAUCAUAUCUUCACCUUCUCCAAAGCCAUACCCUCAUAAGCCUCCUAAAUGCUCUGAUUGUGCUCCGCUUUUCAUGAAGGCAUAUCAUAUGCGUAAUGCUGGGGCUGUUAUCCACAGUCAUGGAAUGGAAUCCUGUCUUGCAACAAUGAUCAAUCCACAUUUGAAAGAGUUUCGUAUCACUCAUAUGGAAAUGAUAAAAGGAAUCCAAGGACAUGGUUACUAUGAUGAACUUGUGAUCCCAAUUAUCGAGAACACGGCUUAUGAAAACGAGCUCACUGAUUCUCUUGCUAAAGCUAUUGAAGCCUAUCCUAAAACAACUGCUGUGCUUGUUCGCAAUCAUGGCAUAUAUGUAUGGGGAGACUCAUGGAUUAGUGCUAAAACUCAGAGUGAAUGUUACCAUUACCUCUUUGAUGCUGCUAUUAAACUUCACCAACUCGGCUUAGACUGGUCUACCCCAGAUCAUGGCCCCAUUCAGGUUGUUAAAGGAGUCCCAAGUGUCGACUGCAGGAUGAACGUGUCGAAAAAGGCCAGAUUAGCAGAUUCAAAUUGUAAUGGGAAGCCAUUUACACGUUGCAUUGUCCUUGACAUUGAAGGAACUACCACUCCUAUUUCAUAUGUAACUGAUAUUCUCUUUCCUUAUGCCCAAAACAACGUCGGGAGGCAUUUAUCUGCAACAUAUGCUAGUGCUGAAACCCAAGAUGAUAUUAAGCUGUUACGUUCUCAAGUUGAAGAUGACUUGAAGCAAGGUGUUAUUGGCGCUGUACCUAUCCCCUCAGAGGAUGCGGAAAAAGAGGAGGUAAUUGCAGCUUUAGUUGCUAAUGUGGAAGCAAUGAUAAAAGCUGAUCGAAAAAUCACAGCCUUGAAGCAAUUGCAAGGUCAUAUCUGGCGAACUGGAUUCGAGACCAAUGAGCUCAAAGGAAUAGUUUUCGAUGAUGUACCAGAAGCCCUUGAAAAGUGGCAUGCUUUGGGUGUGAAGGUAUACAUAUAUUCUAGUGGUAGCAGAUUGGCUCAGAGGCUUCUCUUUGGAAAUACAAAAUUUGGUGAUUUGAGAAAGUAUUUAUCUGGAUAUUUCGACACUGCAGUGGGAAACAAAAGAGAAAAACGCAGUUAUGUUGAAAUAACCGAUACUUUGGGUGUUGAUAAGCCAUCUGAGAUACUAUUUCUAACUGAUAUCUAUCAAGAAGCCAUUGCUGCAAAAGCUGCGGGUAUGGAGGCUAUAAUCUCUGUCCGUCCCGGGAACAGUCCACUUCCAGAUAACCAUGGGUUCAAGACCAUCAACUCUUUCUUGGAGGUCUAAUAUAAAUUUUGUACUCCUGUAAUAAUAUCAACUGUAACAGUUCAUAUGCAUAAUAAAUCACUUUUUAACUGCAAUAAAUCUUGGGUUCCUUACAACCCUUUUAUCAAAA